GCCGAGAUACGUUUUGCCGUUGCUGAGUGAGCAGCCAGCAAGAAGUUUACACUUUCUCUGAGGAAUAAAUAAUACCUUAUUUUUUGGGGGGGGGAUGAAAAGGAAUUGAACAUAUGACUUUUCGUAUGUCAAACGUAUAUGGAGUAAUUGGAAAUGGACCAGAGGCCAGAUUUGGAAGCAGCACUUCUGCARCUUUAGAGAAGCAAGUUAUCACAACUUGAAGUACUCCUCUCGAAUGAUAGUGACGUGUAUUUGCACAAGCUAAAUGUAAAGUAACUAGGUGUUGACAAGCUAUCCAGCCAAUUAGCUAGCUGCUAUGGAUAUCUUUCCAAGACCUAGUGGAGAAAUUCAAAGAAAAAACCCACAGCAGGAUUUCGAGCUUAUUCAACGAGUUGGGAGCGGCACAUAUGGAGAUGUGUACAAGGCUCGAAACAUCCAAACGGGAGAGCUUGCUGCUGUCAAGAUUAUUAAACUGGAGCCAGGGGAUGACUUUUCCAUCAUCCAGCAGGAGAUCUUCAUGGUGAAGGAAUGCAUGCACCACAACAUAGUGGCCUACUUCGGGAGCUACCUCUGCCGGGACAAGCUGUGGAUCUGUAUGGAGUACUGUGGAGGAGGAUCUCUACAGGACAUAUAUCACGUGACGGGGCCUCUGUCAGAGCCGCAGAUAGCCUACGUCUGCAGAGAGACCAUACAGGGUUUGGGAUACCUACACAGCAAGGGGGAAGAUGCACCGUGACAUAAGGGUGCUAAUAUCCUCUUAACAGACAACGGGGAUGUGAAACUGGCUGAUUUUGGAGUAGCAGCCAAAAUAACAGCCACCAUUGCCAAGAGGAAGUCCUUCAUCGGGACUCCUUACUGGGUCUCCAUGGAUGGCCACGACCUAUUUGAGGUAGCAAGUGGAGAAUCUAAGAUUUACAAUGUCUCGUAUCUAUACUGUCCCAGAAGAUGGCACAAGAGGGUGGCCCAGAGAGGUAGCAGCGUGGGAGAAAGAAACGGAGGUUAUCAGAACCAGCCUGGCUGUGACAUCUGGGCCGUGGGCAAUCCACCUCCUUAUCGAACUGGCCGAGCUGCAGCCCCCAGUGUCUUGACUCUGCCCCCAAUUGAGCACACACCAUCCGUUCCAUCAACAAACACCCCAGACCAGAGAGAACUCACUCAGGAGAUCAGCUUUGAUAAGGUGAAGUUUGAACCUCCGCUGAGGAAGGAAACGGAGGCUCACACUGAAAUGGAUGUGACUAAACAGAGUGACUUCCCCUCCCCCUGGAGCCCAUUCGCAGAGGGAGGCAUCACGACCAGGGGACAUAUGGCCCAUCUGGAGGAUGCCUUUGAAGACGUGGAGCUGUCGACCCUCAAGCAAGGAAUCCCACCUCCUCUACCUCCAAAGCCUCAUCUGAGCAGUUUGUCAGACGAGCCAGAUGUGAGUGAUGAGAGGUGUCUGACAGUGAGGAGGUUUCCAUGCUCAGAGGACAGCCCAGGUCCAGGCCUGUUCCCUCGGAGACUCAGCACCCCAGAGCAUGGCAACAAGGUGGAGCACUCUGGUCCGGACUACCUGUCAGCCAGUGGCAGUAGCCCCAAUCUGCUAUCUACGUCCACAGCAUCAGACCCUGAUCCUGAUGACGGUGUGAACGGAGACCAUCCCAGUACUCGUUCCAGCCGACCACAGAGGACGGAGAAGAAAGACUACCUUAAACCAGCCAUCAACGGCCUGCCGCCCACUCCUAAAGUCUUGAUGGGGGCCUGUUUCUCCAAGGUGUUUGAUGGCUGCCCACUGAAAAUCAACUGUGCCACGUCAUGGAUACACCCUGAUACCAAAGACCAGUACCUUAUAUUUGGGACAGAGGAUGGGAUCUAUACCCUCAACCUGAAUGAGCUGCAUGAAGCCACCAUGGAACAGCUGUUCCCCAGGAAGUGUACCUGGCUCUACAUCAUCAACAACAACCUGAUGUCUCUGUCAGGGAAGACCUUCCAGCUCCACUCGCAUAACCUGAUUGGUCUGUUUGAGCAGCUGAAGAAGCCUGGUCUCGCCUCUCAGUUCCACACACACCGCUUCCCAGACAAGAUGUUACCAAGGAGGUUUGCCUUGACAACGAAGAUCCCUGACACAAAGGGCUGUCACAGUGUUGCAUUGGUGAGUUCACCCCUAUACGGGCCAAAGUACCUGUGUGGAGCGCUGCAGUCUGGGAUAGUCCUGCUACAGUGGUAUGAACCCAUGCAGAGGUUCAUGCUUAUCAAGCACUUUGACUUCCCCCUGCCCAGCCCUCUGAAGGUGUUUGAGAUGUUGGUGGUUCCAGARCAGGAAUACCCCAUGGUGUGUAUAGCGGUCAGCCAGGCCACGGAGCCAGGCCAGGUGGUCCGCUUUGAGACCAUCAACCUCAACUCCUGCUCUUCCUGGUUCACUGAGAUGGGAUCAACUGGUCAAGCGGUGGACGCCAUCCACGUGACCCAGCUGGAGAGGGACACCGUGCUAGUGUGCCUGGACAAAAAUCUCAAGAUCGUUAACCUCCAGGGAAGACUGAAGUCCAACAAGAAGCURGCCUCAGAGCUCAGCUUUGACUUCACCAUUGGAUCCGUUGUGUGCCUUCAGGACAGYGUUCUGGCCUUCUGGAAGCACGGCAUGCAGGGAAAGAGCUUCAAGUCCAACGAGGUAGGUGUUACCGUAGUAACAAAACCAUUCAGUCACUUCGGUAACUAUACAACCAGACUACACAGGGCAGGACCCUGGAGCCUGGAGGGCAUGAGGCCCCCUGAGGGCAUGAGGCCCCCUGAAGGGCAUGAGGCCCCUGGAGGGCAGGGGGCAGGAGGCCCCCUGGAGCCUAGAGGGCAGGAGGCCCCUGGAGCCGAGAGGGCAGGAGGCCCCUGGAGGCCGAGAGGGCAGGAGGCCCCCUGGAGCCGAGAGGCAGGAGGCCCCCUGAGCCGAAGGGCAGAGGCCCCCUGGAGCCGAGAGGGCAGGAGGCCCCUGGAGCCGAGAGGGCAGGAGGCCCCUGGAGCCGAGAGGGCAGGAGGCCCCCUGGAGCCGGGGAGGGCAGGAGGCCCCUGGAGGCCGGGAGGGCAGGAGGCCUGGGGGCAGGAGGCCCAGCAACAUUCCACUAUUCCCUGCAACAGCCUCUAUCUGCUCUACCAACCUGCAUGUUUUUAUUCAGACUGGCACCUGGGCACUGCCAUGCCACCUGUUACUGAUGUACUGCUUCUGACUGACCUCUCUCUCUCUAACAGGGUGGUGGUUCUGGAGAGCCGGCCCACUGACAACCCCACAGUGAGCAACCUCUACAUCCUGGCCGGGGCAAUGAGAACAGUUACUAGCCCUGACCCCAGCCCUGUUACUGAGAACAGUUACUAGCCUGACCCUGUUAAUGAGAACAGUUACUAGCCCUGACCUCAGCCUGUUACUGAGAACAGUUACUAGCCCUGACCCCAGCAUGUUACUGAGAACAAGUUACCUAGCCCUGUCCCUGUUACU